AUGCCGGACGACGUUGGACCCGCCGAGGCAGAGGUCUCGGGUGCUGUGUCUGAGAGCGACAACGAGUACGACGAAACCGAGGCUACUACCAAGGACGACGACGAAAAGAUGGCCGAACGAUCCGCUGCUUCCGAAGGUGUCGAGACCAACGGUGACCAGAAGAAGAAGUACGACCCCAAGGAUCCCCUGCGUCCUAGGAGGAAAAAAGCCCGGAGAGCCUGUUAUGCGUGUCAGAGAGCCCAUUUGACCUGCGUCGACCCAGUAUCCGGUCUUCUCGUCGGCAGCAACACAACUAGGGUCCAUACCGGAGAACUUGCCCUUUCCCAGCAAUCUCCUGUAUCGCCAACCUUCCAGGCCUCUGGCAACCCACAGCUCGGUUCCAUUGGGGUCAACUCGGUCUCAAGCCCUAUGAACAGCUUCCCUCCAGCGCUCUUUGACCCAAGCAAUCCUGCCAUUUUCAACUUCAAUUUGGAGGGGCUCAACUUCGGGAGCCAGUAUGGCGCCAUGGAGUUUGGUAUGCUGGGCCACAUGUCCUCAGGCGCUGCUGAGACUCCCCCGCGGGAUCCGUCCAUAUCGCAACAGGGCACUGCUGGUGAUGUCGGAUUCAAUCCGUCUGGAGUCUUUGGAAACGGUCUGAACCAGUUCGACAAGGUUUAUGACAAUAACACUGGGUUGAUGAGCGACUUCCUGACUCUGGAUGCCCAUUCCAGUGGCCUAUACUCCCAAGGAAACCUGCAACAUGGUCUACCGCAUGCCUAUGCUAUCCCGGCUGGUCCCACGAGUCUGCAAAGCCCUAGUACUGAGAACAACAGUCCACAACCGACUGGGUUUGGUUUCGAGUCUCCCACUACCACCAACUACACCGGAGUUCCUGGUGCUGGAGGGAACCAACCGGGCUCCCAGCAGUCACGGACGCAGAAACCAAAGACGCCGGCCUUGGGGAAACUCGGGCCGCAGUCAGUUCUGGGUAAGAGGCAGCGAGAUCCAUCAUCUAUCUACGAGGCAGUCAAGGAGCCAUUCCAAUAUGUGGCAAGUUUCCACAAGCUCAUCAGUCUACUUCAGAACCGAUUUUCGGGCGCGAGCACGAUCAGCAUCGUAAGGUCCCUAGCCAGCAUUCGCCCGUCGUUCAUGUCAUGUAUGAAAACACUCAACAGGGCCGACCUUAUCUUCAUGGAGAAAAGCUUCCAGCGUGCCCUUUUCGAGCAUGAAGAGUUCAUGCACCAAUCGCCCAGCCCGGCCAUCGCUUGCCGUCGAACCGGCGAAAUAGCGGGUGUCAACAAAGAGUUCACCGCGCUAACAGGGUGGACAAAGGACGUGCUGCUUGGGAAGACUCUGAAUCUCAACGCGAAUAUGGGUGGCACUAACUCUGAUACCCUAUCCGUUAGCAGCAAAGGAGGCAGAGGAGGCAUUGUGGGGACAACACCCAGGCUAAAACCUUUGAAUCCAGAACAGGGUCCUAACGCCGACGGUCAGCAACAGCAAUCACAGCAACAGAAAGAACAGCCACAGCCCGUGUUCCUUGCGGAACUCAUGGAUGAAGCGAGUGUAACGCAGUUUUACGAAGAUUACGCCCAACUAGCGUUCACACACAGUCGAGGUACUGUGGUGAGAAAAUGCCGCCUUCUCAAGUACCGCACGCAAGAGAAUAUGGACGCUGCCGCCGCCGCUGCUAGUUCUGUCCCCACAACUGCGGGAGGUAGCGGUAGCAGUAACGGCACCGUCGUCAACGGAGGGCCAGAUAGUAGCCCAGCCGGAAAGACCGAAAGAGAACGUUCAACCGGCGCGAAUGUUGCUAGCAAUAGUAUUCUGAGCAAUAGGGUCGCCAAGAUCGACGGAGAACACGGCAUCUCAAAACUGGAACGAGAUGGUAAGCUGGAGUGCAGCUACACCUGGACCAUCAAGCGGGAUGUGUUUGAUAUCCCCAUGAUUAUAAUGAUCAAUUUUCUCCCAUGUUACUACCGCAGUCAUAACCAACUGGCUGUGUGA